AUGCGUCUUCACGUAACACCCUUAACGUCGGAACUGCUGCCAACCGUGCUUGGUCCCAGUCUCACCAAAUCCGCGCAGAAUAUCUCAUUUCAGACCCUCGCAACAUUCCCUGAGAACAGCUACGGUUUCUUCGAUUUGCAGGAAGCAGAUGCAAAGAAACUUAUUUCCAAGGUCAAUGGCGCAUUCUUGAAGGGCAGGAAGAUGAAAGUCGAAGAAGCCCGCCCAAAAAAGCGGCUGCAUACCAAGCUUGACAAGGACGAAUCGCCCGCGCCAGAACCUGCUCAAAAGAAGCCAAAGAGGGACAAAAAGGCAGGGACAGAACUCAAUGUAACAGAGGGCCAUGAGUUGUCCGCGGGUCGCAAAGUAAAACGUGGAUGGACCGAGCCAAAAUCCGAGAAGGCCACACGAUCGAAAACCAAAGAGAAAGGGAAGGAUUCAAAACCACAAGCGCCUUCACAAUAUAGCGAGAAAGCGGAAUUGCUAUUUCGAACAAAGCUACCCCCAAAUAAGGAGGGCCUGAAGGCCGACAAAAAGCGUAAGAGAAGCGCCCGUGAAGGUGCGGAACCUGCACUUGUCCAUGAGUUCGAGAAGACCCAGAUUCAGCCCUCAUUCCUGAGAGAAACGAUCUCUACCCAAAGGUCUGCUGAGUAUGUUGACAACAUUGGCUGGGUCAACGGCCAAGGUGACGUCGUCGAGAAGGAGUCGUCCAGCCGCCAACGCAUGAGAGCAGCUAAACCUACCACCCUACACGUCGACACCGUCAAGUCCCUCAAGUCGUCCCCAAAAACAGCUACUGCAGACGAAACGUCUAGCUCUGGCUCGUCUGUCACCACUGAGUCCCUCCUGGACGAACCUAUACAAGAUGUCGAAGAUGACGCUGAGAACACAAGCAGUUCUGGCACAACGUCCCCAGAUGUUGAGACUGACCCUGCAACUGCUGUCGAAGAAGAAAAGGAAAGAGUUACAGAAUCAGUACCAGACAGUACACAGCUCGUACAGGAAGUUCAUCCGUUAGAAGCACUCUUCAAAAAACCCAUGCCACCCAAAGGACAAGAUUCAGCCAAACCGUCUCUUGAAAUCGAGACAUCAUUCUCUUUCUUCAAGAGAAACACCCCUGACGACGACCAAGACACUGACGACCAUUCCCUGCCACCAGAACCUUUGACACCUUUCACUUCUCAAGAAACACGAUCUCGAGGACUAAGGAGUGCUGCUCCAACACCAGAUACCGCUCAUCCGAGCCGCUUUCCCAGCUUUACAAGCGCGUUGUCUUCACUGGACGAGACAACCUCGACUAACAGUAAGGCCACACCCUCGAAAUCGGACAGCAAAAGCUCCCAAAGCGAGUUUGAGAAGCGCUUCUGGGCAGAACGUGGCCAGAACAAUCGAGCUUGGAAAGCUAGGAGUAGAGCGGCGAAGAAGGAACAGAGGCAGAAGGACAAUCGUUCUAGACGUGGCAGAGGUCCUACCUGA